AUGUCUCGCCAGUCCACCGUGAGGAUUCAGAGGGGGAGAAGCGGCUUCAGCGCUGCUUCGGCCAUGGUCCCCAACACAUGCCGGACCAGCUUCAGCUCCUGCUCUGUCACCCGCCUGGGCAGCUGCAAUGCUGGCAGUGGCUUUGCCAGGGUCGGGGGGGGCUUUGGAAGCAAAAGCCUCUACAAUGUUGGUGGCUGCAAGAAGAUCUCUGUGGCUGGAAGGGGUGGCAGCUUCUAUGGCUCAGCAGGGUUUGGUGGUGGCGCCGGGAGUGUGUAUGGGGGCGGCUUUGGUGUUCCAGCCAACCUUGGCUAUGGAUACGGGGCCUUUGGGGGUGGCCCUGGAUUCCCCGCUGGGGGCAUCCAUGAAGUCUCCAUCAAUCAGAGCCUUCUGAAACCACUCAACUUGGAGAUUGACCCUAACAUCCAAAGGAUCCGAAAAGAGGAGAAGGAACAAAUCAAAACCCUCAACAACAAAUUUGCCUCCUUCAUUGACAAGGUCCGAUUCCUUGAGCAACAAAACAAAGUGCUGGAAACGAAGUGGAGUUUGCUGCAGGAGCAGGGAAUGAAAACAGUGAGGAACAACCUGGAGCCGCUUUUCGAGACCUACAUCAACAACCUGCGGGUGCAGCUGAACUCCUUGCUGAGCGACAAGGGGAGGCUGGAGGGAGAACUCGUCAACACCCAGUACCUGGUCGAGGACUUCAAGAAGAAGUACGAAGAUGAGAUCAACAGAAGGACCCUUGCAGAGAAUGAAUUUGUGACGCUCAAGAAGGAUGUAGAUGCUUCCUACAUGAACAAGGUGGAACUCCAAGCCAGGGCAGAUGCACUGAGUGAAGAAAUUAAUUUCCUGAGAGCACUUUACGAAGCAGAGCUGUCCCAGAUGCAGACCCAGAUCUCUGACACCUCUGUGGUUCUCACCAUGGACAACAACCGGAACCUGGACCUGGACAGCAUCAUCUCUGAGGUCAAGGCUCAGUACGAGGACAUCGCCAACCGGAGCCGCGCCGAGGCCGAGUCCUGGUACCAGACGAAGUACGAGGAGCUGCAGGCCACAGCUGGCAGGCAUGGGGACGACCUCCGGAACACCAAGCAGGAGAUCUCAGAGCUCAACCGCCACGUCCAGAGGCUCCGAUCUGAGAUUGACAGCGUGAAAAAACAGUGUGCAAACCUGAAAGCUGCCAUCACCGACGCUGAGGAACGCGGGGAGCUGACCCUCAAGGAUGCCAGGGCCAAACUGGCCGAGCUGGAGGAUGCUCUGCAACAGGCCAAGGCUGACCUGGCCCGGCAGCUCCGGGAGUACCAGGAGCUCAUGAACGUCAAGCUGGCCCUGGACAUCGAGAUUGCGACCUACAGGAAGCUGCUGGAGGGCGAGGAGUGCAGGCUGGCUGGAGAUGGGGUCCCAGUGAAUAUCUCUGUCACCAGAACAACAGUGGGAACGGGAUAUGGAGGAGGGAGCAACCUCAGCAUGGGAGGGGGGAUCUGCAAUUUGGGGAACAGCUUCAACUGUGGGGGCGUUCCCGGGGUGAGCAGCACCACCCUCGGAGCUGGCAGCAGCUCCAGCAUGAAGUUUGUCUCCAGCUCCUCCACCAGAAGAAGUUACAGGAGCUAA